UGGAGCUGGAGCUGGCUGCAGCUGGCGACUCCAGCUCUCCCAAGCUGCUGGGCAAAGGGAUCUGCACACGCAGCGAGGGAGCGCCGAGCGGCUGCAGCCGAGCUCGCAGCACUUCCUCGCGCCAGCUCGAGCGGCGGGGAGCUCAGCUGCAACUUGACCGCCGCCUGCGAAGAGCCGCCGCCGCCGCCGCCAGCUUCUCGGCUCCUCGGAAAGUUACCGCAGCUGCUUUGGGGAAGCUCCAGCGGCUGCCUGCGUGCCGCGGAAGUGGCGCGGCUGAGCUGCCUCCCGCUACUCCAACGUGCACAAGAAAUGAUAGGGAAUAUCUGUCUAUCCCUAUGGUCUCAGUGAAGGAAAAGGAAGGAGCCAAGUUAUCACCAGGACACAAAAGGGCCGGCACCAUACUGUACAAGGCCCUUGGGCACCAGACUUCUUAGGGAAACCGCGGCCGCCAUCUUCGUUAAGGGCAAUGGUAAAAGACAGCAGACAGGUCAGCAAAGGCACAUGUACCUGUAGGGUGCUGAUGUAGCACCCUCUCCUUCAAGCCUACUUUACUUCAGCUUGACUUCUGGAAAAGAACAAAUAUUUAACUGAAAGCCCCAUAAAAAAAAAAACCCUAAGGACAAGCUUGGCCAAUAAAAGAUACAUGGGACAUAUAAAGCAUUAAAGGUCAAAAGAGACAUUCCAAGAACUGAAUAGGAUUAAUUGGACUGUGUAGCCUGUACAACCAUGGAAGGGGAUUGUUUGAGCUGCAUGAAGUAUCUGAUGUUUGUCUUCAAUUUCUUCAUAUUUCUGGGUGGUACAUGUCUCCUGGGACUUGGAAUAUGGGUCAUAGUAGAUCCCACAGGAUUUCGAGAAAUAAUAGCUAGCAAUCCUCUGCUCUUCACGGGGGCGUACAUCAUGCUUGCUAUGGGAGCAAUGCUUUUCCUGCUGGGGUUCCUUGGCUGCUGUGGAGCCAUCCGUGAGAACAAAUGCCUCCUUCUUUUUUUCUUCAUGUUUAUUUUGCUAAUCUUCUUGGCAGAACUCUCAGCUGCGAUCCUGGCUUUUAUCUUUAGAGAAAAUUUGACCAGAGAGUUUUUUACAAAGGAGCUGAAGAAGCACUAUCAGGGCAACAAUGACUCUGAUGUCUUCUCUUCCACCUGGAACUCAGUCAUGAUCACAUUUGGCUGCUGUGGUGUCAAUGGUCCAGAAGAUUUUGAAACUGCCCCUCAUUUUCCUCUUCUGUAUUCACGCAAUGCAAUUCCUGAAGCAUGUUGCCGACGAGAGCUGCAGUCUCGUCAUGGAGCAUUCAUCAGCAAAGAAGAUUGUCUCAAGGGUAAUGAUAUGUACCAAAAUCAGCAGGGCUGCUACACUGUGAUACUUAACUCCUUUGAGACAUACGUGUACCUUGCAGGAGCUCUUGCCAUUGGUGUGUUAGCCAUUGAGCUGUUUGCUAUGAUCUUUGCCAUGUGCCUCUUUCGGGGGAUCCAGUAGAAAGCUCUAUCCAUGAGCAGCUGAGUGUAUUCUGACUACAUGCUUGGAAGAAAGGAAAGGAAGAUAAACUUUUAUUUUUUGGUUAACAAAGUGGGGGGAAAGGACUGUAAUAUAUGAAUGACCAAAAGGACUGUACUUCAGGGGCUGGAACUUUGAGGUGCUGUGCACUACAUUGCCAUCUCCUAGGGAAGUCAUUCAUCAGAAGCCACACACAAUAGGUUGCACUAGGGGCCUAGGGAAGAAGUGAGUUCUGAUGGUCUCCGUGAAGCAGGAUGUUGUGCAGGAUCCACAUCUUUUGACUACGAAACAUCAGUUGGUGAGGAAGUUAAAGAUCCCCUAAUUAUAAAUAAGAUCUGGAUGCAGCAUCCCAAGGGAACUGCUCAGCCAAAGCAUUGUGACAUAUACAGGUCAGGUCAGUUUUAAGCAACUAAAGAAAUGUUGUUUUGACAGUGACAGAGGUCCUUGGUCAAGAUGGGCAGAAAACUAUUACUUGAAAUAUGAAGAAGAUGCAAACGUUCCUUAAAUCGCUAGUAAUGGAUAAAUUGCUUCACCUGAAAUCCUAUAGAAGGGGCUGAGCCUGCUGUGUUGAACACUUGGGGAAGAGGCAUCCUUUUUGAGUCCAUCCAGAAGAGUGAGGUGAAAUCAGAAGUUUAGUGCAUACCUUUCUUUGUCACAAUGGAUUUUCUCUUCAGUAUUCUGCAAGAAGGGAAGAGGAAGAAGGCAGUUCUGCUGCAGACCCGCUCACCUUAAAAAAUAAAUGAACGGUCCUCAUUUAUAAUUGUUGGUGCUGUCUCCCUUGAGAAAUAUUUUGGUUUGUUUUUGAGCUUUGAAUGUUUUGUCACCAUGUUACGCGCAAAAUAUGUUGGCUAGUUUGGCCUUUUGUAGCAAUUGAUUAGAUUGUUGUCUUCAUGUCUCAGUGUGCCUUUCGGCUAUGUGGAAAAAUCUCCCAAAUGGUAAUGAAAACAAUGAGAAACUUUUGCAGUUGUCCUUUGCGCAGUUUCAUUUGUAAAUCUUGUGGCAUUGCUUUUGUUCUGAGCACUUCUUACUCAGCACUUCCCACAAUUCAAGAUAAACCGAAGUGGAGUGGAAUAAAAUAAUACCUUCUGACCAGAAUCUCUUACCCACCUUUUUUAAAACGGAUGCCAAGCUAUGGUUCAGUAUGUGUUAUCUAUUCAGCUGCUCAAAGCCAACUGAAGAAAACGGACACAUAAGCCAGGAUGAGGGGUAGAAUUGAGGAAGGUUCCACUGUGUGCAGGGUAUCCCAGGGUAUCUUUCUUGCCAGAGCUCCUGAUGGGUUUUUGAAACAUAAUGAAAGGAAUAUGCUGAACAAGUGGUGUAUAGAGACAUAUACUGGCAGAGGAAUGUAACAUGCUGCACCAAGAAGCAGCAGUAGGCAGCUGCCAAAAACCAAGAUUAGUAUAUGGGGAUAUCACAUGGCAGGAGAGUUUGAGAAAACCAACUAGUUAUAUGUCAGAAACAACACAGUAGGGAAAGCGUUGGUGCCCACUUCACAUGAAGCAUGCAAAAAACCCCAUAAUGAAUCUGACUAAUGAAUGAUUUCAAAUGUUGACCUAAUUUUUAAUGUGAUCCUUGACAAUCUCUUCUAUAAAAGGUAUGGUUUUCAUUUGCAUUUAGUUAAUUUCUGCAAGUUGUAGAAGAUGGACAAAGUGUAACACCACUGAAACCCCCCAACACAUAUUACAUAUGUGCAAUGAUAAUGCAUGUAGUUCUAAAACUAUUCUGGCCAGGGAAUUCUUUCCACAUUACAUAAAAAUUUACCUGUGACAUAUGAGUGUGUGAAAGUAAGGUACAUGCAUCAGGGAGUUGGGAUUUAGUAUAUCUCUCGAGUAUGGCAAACAAAGAUUUGCUGAUGUUUAAUGUGUGAACCAAGCCUAAUAGGUGAAUGUGGCUUACAGGGAUUUUUUUUUCUAAAAGAGCCCACCAUAGCAUUUUGUGGAAGGAACCAGUUCAGAGGCUUAUGUGAGCAAAUCCUUAUAAGCUGCCAUGUCCUGAUUCACACUAUUGAUCUAUCCAGUAUUGUCUGCUCCAACUGGCAGCAGCUACCCAAAUAUCCUUUAAGGCUUUGUCUCCUCUGAAAAUUAAAGUGGGGACAAAGCGCAAACUAUAUUAUAUAGCCUUCCUCAAGUAUCCAGCUUAGGGAAAGAGUAUGGUACCAUGUGGGCUGGCCCCAUGCCUGAACUGCUUACUCAGGUCUAAAGGAGAGAUUGUAAGCAUGUUUGGGUAAUUACACUUGCAGUCCUCCCUGCCAUCUAAACCUGGAUGUAGUCAGGGAUCCCAGUCACAGGGAGGGCUGGAAGCGUGAUCAGCUGAGCAUGCUUAGUCGCCUCCAGGCUUUCCUGUUCAACAAGGAAAGAAGGUUGGGAUGGAGGGGGCAGCAUGAGCAGCACCACAUCCUAGCUGCAGAAUGAGCUUAAGACCACCUGCAGAGGGCUUACAACUAGUUUAAGUUCCUCGCAUCAUCUUGCUGUUUCAAAAUCUCAGUUCCGAUGGCCUCUGUACUCCCUUGCAUAGCAGACAUUUUCUCUCUCUUUCCUAUUUGGUUUCUCAUAUCUGUUUUAUCCAGUUUCUACUGUCUUGUUGCACCCAUCCGUCUGUCUUGUCUGCCUUGCUUCUUUUGAAAAAGACAUGAAUCAUUUCACAGAAUUCUGGCUGAAACUGCCUGCAACUAAGUAAUCUAGUGCUUCAGCAGGCCCUGUCAAAAGUGAAAGUAAAAAUGUUGGCAUUUGUGGACAACUGCAAAGCCCCACUAACAUUGAGAAAGAACCGUUUGAGGGGAGAGGCAAGGGAUGCGUUGCUUAACAUUUUCUUAGCCAUUAGACUUCAAACAAAAAUACUCCAUUUGCACUUUCAUGGUGUAAGAAGAUCAAUUCUUUAUCUGGUUUAUUUUAACACUCCAAUGCCUCUUGCUGGUUUACUUGCUACUUGGGCUGCACUGUGCAAAUGAGCUCUCAUACCCUAAUCCCAAACAGGAAGCACCUUAACGCCACUACAACUUCCUGAGUUUAAGAUUGGGGUAUCGGGCUGCAAUCCUGAAUAUGUAGAAGUUAAAGCAUGGAAGCAAUUUAUGUUCCUAUUUAAACCUUCCAAGAAACAGAAAGAUUAGCUCUGGGUUGUUUUCUAGUACAGUAGGGCCCCACUUUGUGGCACUCCGCUUUACAGAGUUCCACCGAUACAGUGGUUGUCAAUUGCAGAAAGGCCCCGCUCCUACAGCGCUUGUUCCAGUUUUACGGCAUUUUUCGGGCGCCGGGCACCAUUUUUGUCAAUGUUAAUCAAUGCGUUCCGCUUUACAGCAGAUUUGGCUUUACAGCAGUGGUCCGGAACGGAACCCGCCGUAUGAGCGGGGCCCUACUGUAUUGUAGAAACAGAGACCAGCACUGACCGGAUCCAUCCAGGCAUUUUAGAGGGAAGGGAUACACGCCAGCAUAAAGCUCUUGAGCAGAAAUACCACUGAAAUAAAUGUGAGCUGCUGAGGUCUUGCACAGCUGCCAUGCUUUUAAAUGAAACUUUGGGGGGGGGAAGCAUCACUCUGACUUCGUGUCUAUAUUCUGUUUUUGUGAACCCAGAUCCACCCAGUCUCCUGCCACUGUCUGUUGUCACUGUUGCAAGGGCCUGAAAAAUAUGGCACUUGAAGUAAAUGUUGAAAUCUAUUUUAAAUGUUCCUUUUAUUAGAAAAUUAGAGCUAAUUUAACUUGUAUUCCCUAUUGUAAUGCUUUUUAUAUUGAAAGGGUUUUUGUAACAUAAAACAGAACACUAUGCUGACGCAUUCUGCACAGUUUCUAUGUGCAUUUCUUAAAAAAAAAUAAAGACAAAAAUAAAAACACUAUGA